CAGAGGAGUGACUACAGCUCAGAUACUUUACAUGUACUGUACACUGAACUGAAUGGUUAACAAAUGCUCAGAUGCUUACCUCAUGAAUAUCUCAUGAAUUAUACUUUCACGACUCCCAAACAAAAACUAUGUGAACGCAUCUACAUUUCACUAUCACCUAACUAGAAGAAAGCCUAACAAGCAAGGAUGAGAACGUUACUUAAAUCAGUUUUUCACAAUGAAUUUGCCCAAACCUACUCUCUGUUGGCCAAACAGUAGUCAGCUGGUAAAACUGGUGAUGUAUGACUAAUUCUUAAAACCAAUUUCUAAAACUGAUUCAUUCUUCUGAUUGAAUUUUGUACAAAAGAUAAAGUGAAGAAGUUUGUUUCUAUCAAGAAAGAAACUGAGAAAACACUACACCCUGAGGUUACUAAAAACAUACUCUUCUAAAAAUAGAAAAAAAAGAAAGACUGACGCCCAACAUACCUUGCAGUUUAUCUGGAUUAAAGAUUUCCACAGCUAAACACAAAUAUUGAGAAACUCUCUUAGGUGAUGUGCAACAGACAUCCGGGUGGUGGACAACUUUCAGGAAUCAGUAUUUUUGGUGCUCAUCCUCCAAUAUGCAGUGUUUUAGGUCGUGUAUGGUUGAUAAUUCAUACUGCAACAAUACUCCACUUGCCAGCGAGGCCAAAACUUUCUCUCUGCAGUGUCAAAGUGAAAACUACUGUGUCUGAUUGACCAGAAAAGUGAGACCUCUGCUCUGCUAAAUACCACAGUGCAAUGAAAAAAUAAAGGAGAAGGAAUUUAAUGGCCACUGCAUAAUCUUUAAAUCCUAAAGUUUAAUAAAUGACUGGAAAAAACUGCAUUCAGAUGGUUCAUCUGAUAGCUUAACACAAACACGUUAUGUGUUGUUCUCUAUUCUGCGGUGUCUUUGUCUUGACUAACCAGUCACAGACGCUGCCUCUCCCUGUCUUUCUCAAUGAUACAGUGAGCUGAGAAGGAGAUGUAAAGACCAAGACCGUAAACCCACUACUAAAAUCACAGCAGAUAUUUUAACCAUAUAACCUGUCCUAACAGUGAGAGCUCAGCGAUUAAAGUUUUGAAGUAAACAGGAGGACUCUUCUCUGAUCUUUAAACUAACACAUGUGACCCUGCAGGUUUUCUGGUUAGCCUUUGUGCUUUCCUCUCCAAAAAUGGCACACAUCAAAACCAGAGAGAGCUUUUUUUAAUACUGACAAAAAAAAAACAAAAUUACAAAACUAAUGUGAAAAUUUCAUAAAAUAAAUAAAGAUAGAAUAAAAAUUUCCUCCCCCAAGGGACUUUUGUAUUUCUGUCAAGUAAUCAGAAACUAUUAUAAGCUAGAAUUUGAGGUUAAAUAAGAAACGGCAGUUUUCCAAUGCAUUCCCAUGCAAAUAAAAAUCUAAUAGACAUGGUUAUCUUAGCCAGUAACAUGUUAUAUAUGGAUUUAAAUGGAAAGACAAAAGUUUUACAUCAUAUUAAAGAUUUUAGAAACCAGCUAAUAUUGCCAUCAGUGCUAAACUGCAGUAUCUUCUCACUGCAACAGAAUUCAAAUCAAAACACUUGUUAGCACACUUGACUUGGACAUACUUGAGGGUAGGGCUGGGCGAUAAUACAAUAACGGUAUAUAUAUCGAAAAUUUAGUUCCCUCAAUAUCAAUGUAAAACAUGGUCAAUAUCCUUUUCGAUAGUCGGCAUUCUGCCAUGUUUUGGUAAACUAUACGAUUAGCCAAUGAAAAGGGGAGUUGCUCAGGGUGAGCUUCAUGCUCAACCAAUCAUGUGCUGAAUUAGAUCCAAGUAGCCGACAACUGCAUAGUAGCAGGCUGCAGCUACACACAACCAUAGCACUUUAACACUUGAAGCCAGCAGCACUGUCUGUGAGAAAAAAAGAAAAAGACUGCUACCCCCAGCAGAAAUGCAGAUGAAGGCUCAACAGAUGACGACAUCGUCAACAACACUGGCACUAAAACAUAAGUGGUGUGGAGGUAUUUUAUUUUUUUGAGGUCGGACAUGAAGCAGAGUAAUGUGCACUGCAAAUUAUGCCGAGUACAUGUUCUCGCAAAGUCGGUGAGUACCUCAAAUCUUUUUCACCACCUGAAGCAGUGCCACAGAGACCUCACAGAUGCAGUAGCUUAUUAUAUUGCAAAAGACAUGCUACCAAUAAGCACUGUUAAAUUUCAUUUUUUAUAUCGUGGUAUAAAUCAAUACCGACUGAUAUGAAAAAAAUAUAUUGUGAGUUGGAGUUUGUUGGAGUUUAUCUUCGCAGUCUUCCUCUGGCUGCUCAGAGCACAGAGCUGCACACAGCCAAAAGCUUCCGGUUGUCUCUCCUUGAAAUCCAAUAAGACAAAAAUGUUGGCAACUGCUCAGGAUCAAUCACUGAAAAUUGAGGCUGAAAAACAACAUCAGCCUGACAGUCUAAUUGAUGAACAGCUGAUCUGAGCAAAGACCACAAGCCUUAUAAAAGACACAGAAAAUACAAGCGAAAUGCAACAUUCAUGUAAAGGCCAAAAGCUGUGAUGUGCAAAUUAGUCGAGUAAAUCAAAAUCUACUUUGAACAACUUUCUAGAAAUAUGUAAAAAUACUGCAAAUGCCAGGAUUGUAUUCUGCUUUGUCUAGCCUAAUGGUCAUUCUUUGUACUGCUGAUAGAAUCAACACUCUGACAGUGUCCCAAGAAAAAUGUUGACAUAUUGCAGCAAGGAAAAUCCAAAUGAAGCAUCAAAAUGAUCCGUGUGAUUCAAAUUAGAAACUCCAGCCUCAGUGGACAACAAGCACAAAGGGAUGUUUGUCAUCAGAAAGGUCAUUUACGAACACAAAACUCGACUCCACUACCCUGACAGCUCCUGUAAAGCACCAGUCCUCCUUUUAAUCCUCUUACAGUACUUCAAAUUUUUAACUAAAACAAAAACCAAAGUUUGUGACAAAAAACUGAACAUAAAGUGGAAGAUACAAAGACUUUAAAAAGGGAAAUCUGACUUGACAUUGGAGCCUUUAAAGCCUAAAACACCGGUGAUUGAGCCGGCUGAUAUCUAACAGGUGAAAGUGACAAAGAAAAACAUUAACAUGGAUGGAGGAACAGAUGGUGCCAGAUUACAGCUGCUGUGGGUGCUUGCUUGAAAGUGGGGAAAUAAAAUGGACUUCAGGGCCUGUUGUUUUGAGAGUGUGACUAUAAAAAGAGAACUCUUUGGUUCCCAUGAUGGCAUUAAAACGGAACAACUAAGACAGAUGAAAUCUGACUUCUGGCAGGUUAAACUUAGUCCUGCAACUUGUUUAUGAAACCAAGAGUUUGUGUACUUGUUUUUUUAUAUUAAAUGUAUGUAUCUUUUACUGCUGUGCUUAAAGUUUCAGCAUCUCUAAAUGACUAAAAAUUGACUUUGCAGUAUGUUUUUGGAGAUUGUUGACACGUCCACCUGUCUUACGGCGUUGUUUGGGCAGUUUUAAGCUUAAAAAGCUUGACUAAAGCUAUGUGCUAACCUAACUGUAGGUGCAUCAGUUGCACACACUGAGCAAAAAAUAGUCAUCUGUGGAAAGGGUAAACCUUAAAAGCAUAUGCAACACACAGGAAACCUACUCUAUCAAAGAGGAACUAUGAUCACAAGACAAGUUGUUCCAGACAAACAAUCACAGAGGCAGUUGCACAAAAGAACCGUUAGGAUGAAGCACCUUUCUAUAACAUCCAUGAGCUUCACCAACUUUUACUCCAGGGCAACAUCUGUUAAUAUACGAAGCAUGCUGUGCCUUUCCUUUUUGCAAUAACUUUCAUCUUGAGGCGAAACAAAAAUGCAGACAUCAGGAAAUGACACAUCUGCAGGAGGUCGAAGACUGUUUGAACUAAAGGGAAAUUAGGCCAGGGCAGCGCCUUGUUUACCUGGCAUUCUCGUGAGUCGAACAAAUUUUAGUCACCCGCUUGUAUCCACAGAGGGAUAAAGCUUUGCUGCCAGCUGAUCAAAUAAAAUGAGUUUUUGAAAAAGAAUAUUUCAAGAAUGUCAAGUUAAUUCAAUGCACUUGUCUGUGAAGCCAGUGUUAAAUAUAGAUAAGUACACAAACCUGUGGAGAAAAAGCAGACAGCUGGAGAUGCAGGCACAGACAGCAGGUGGGAAUACACUCAAAGAGUACUAAUGAUUGAUACACCCUCCUUUUUUAUCUGUAUUGAACAACUGGUCAUCUCCCAGUGUGAGUAAGCCUGCUCAGUUUUAACAUUUUUCACUACCUGUAAUUCCCAUUAUGAUGUUGUUGUUUUUUUUAAUUAAACACGAAGACUAUUGUGCCAUUAUAGAAAAAAAACAGCCAUGUUGAUAGAGUAUCUUGACUAGAACAGGUAUGGUGAGGACAGAGAGCAUGUGAUAGGCUGUCAAACGGGUGUGACCUACUUGUGGAUUGACUUUGUGACUAAAGAAUAAACCCAUGAGUCAACUUAUUAAACUAUUUAAUACAUGUAGUCUGCGGCCAAAUUACUCCUGUGUGCCCUCUAAAUUUAAUGCAUAGUUAUUUGACUACUUUCACAUAACUGACAACCCCAAAUAAACUAGCUCUAUACGUUAAGAAGCACAUGUUGUAAGAUUUUAUUUCCGCAGUAAAUCUGACAGGAGUAGACAUUUAGUUUCCAUGUAUUAAAAAGGCCUAUAUUCUUUAAAAAUUCCCCGCUUUGUUGUCUUAUCCUCAAAAGGAGGAUUUUAUUUGACUGUAAAAGUAGCAUAUGCUCCUCCAAACGGACACGCUCCGCAAAGUUAGCAAGUUUGCUAACUUUCUUAUAGCAGUUAAAAGUAGUUUGCAAACAUUUGUAGAAAGAACAUAUUCACCGAGAAAUGUUUCAUUAAAUCAUUUACCUUUCUCUGCAUCCUCCAUGGUCUCCUCAGGGCGUUGAUUCUUGUACUUUUAAUGUCCAGUAGUUCAGCAGGUUGCUCACUUGGCUGCAGCGGAUCUUCCUGCUCCCUCUCUCAUGUUGCCAGGCAGCCCGCCGUACGUCGGGGUGGGGUUGGCCGUGACGUCAGGACGCCGCAGUGUAAACACGGGCGAGCACGUGGUCGAAGUUUUUACACCGUCAACAACGUACAGCUGCGCGUCAACGACACGUCAUGAUUUGGCUCUACUGUAAAACACAAACGUGUGGAUCUGCCUCUCCUCUGCAUUUCAUGAUCAUGAGUUAAACCAAAGAACUAAAAGAAGUUAAAGUAUUAGAUCGUGGUGAUUAAAACUAUCACCUGAAUGAUGAAAAUUGCGAUUAUUAUAUGCAUUCUUUCAGAAAUUUAAAAACUCACUUUUACAGACUUGCUUUUAUCUUUUUUCUUUUCUCUUUUUACUGUUAUCUUUUAUCUCUUCUACCUCUAUCUUAUUUGGACUUUUAUGUUUACGCAUACAAUGUCACUAUUUGUGUUGUUUAUAGUGUAAAUACUUGUACUAUAUUUUUACUUAUUUUAUCUAUUUAUCGCAACAUUUUUACUUAUUUUUUAUCUUCCAUUUUAUCUAUUACUUAUCUCCUCUUUUACUGUUUUUACUGUUUUUACUUUUACUGUAUUUGUACUGGAGUACUGUAACGAAAGCAAUUUCCCCCUGGGGAUUAUUAAAGUAUUUCUGAUUCUGAUCAUGACUUACUGUCCUUUAGCCUUUGUUUCACUAAUAAUCUUUUCUUAUAAAACCUUUUAUUGAAUUUAUUCCAUUUUAUUAUUAAUAUUACCAUCAUUAUGAUUUUUUAUCAUUAUUAAUAUCAUCUUUUUAUAUUUACUGUCCUGUUUACUGCUUUCAACCCCCCUUUUUUAUAACAUUUCUUUUUCCUACCUAUUUUAUGUUUUUAUUUUGGUCCUCAUGGUCUCAUUUUAUGUUGUAGGGUUCUUGUAUUGUCUGGGUUUCUUAUGAGAAAUGAAAUUGGCCUUUAAUUCGCAGGCCUUGUUUUUCACUGAGCUUUUGUUUUUAUUUCCAUGUGACCUUCUCUGCUUUACGACUGUUGUCAAAGCACUUUGUAAACUUGUGUUUUUAAAAUUGCUAUAAAAAUAAAGUUAUUAAAAAAAACAAUUAUUAUUUUUUGUGAAGAUACAGUUUUAUUUUACUCAUAUAUGUAAGACUGCAUUGAAAUGUACUUCUUUUUCUAGGGGACAGAACCAGAGUAUAUCAUAACAAAUACUCAUAUUCUUCUUUAUUACAGGCCUUGUAUCCAAUAUGCAAGUCUACAUUAUAACCAGACAACAACAUAAAACAUUUUUCAGUCGAGAUAGGACUCGCAUAUCACAUGUAAUGCUGUCAGAUGAAGCAUUUCCAUGCCUUUAGAAGCAUCGGUUUACUUGUUGAUUUGGUAAAAUUACACAGGUUCACAUUUGGUCAGUUGGCUAAUUAGUCAUGUAGUAGGUAUUCAUUUCAAGUUUUGUUUCAGUUGAUGCUAAUGAUUUAUCUUUGAAAUAGUGUUGAUCAAACCAUAGAGUUUGAUUUAUAGAAAAGGGGAAAAAAAGGAAAUGUGAUGCUAUUUUGGGAGGUUUGCACUGUCAGCAUAAGUGAAUGAACUAGUGGUGUAAUCAUCUUACCUAGAGGGAAAAAAGGUCUGUUUACACAUAACCGUAAGAGUGACAGAAAACCAUGCAAUCACUGAUGCCUACAAGCCUCACUCACUCACUUCAUACCAAAUAUAAACGUGUUAAUAUUUGCUUGCCUAUCAGUUAUUACAAGGCAUAAAAUCACAUGAAAACCCAGUGGCUCUGUCAAGUCCACAGUUAGUGCUUGGAUGAGCUGGGGGCACUAAAAAGAUUCAGGGCAUGCAUUAUUCCUGCCUUGGGAAUUUAGUGAUUACAGCUGGAUACACAAUCCCCAAGUUAUUGCAAGCAAACCUUGGGUUAAACCCCACUCUUGUUCACACACUGUGUGUUAAGCCCUUAAUUUGACGGAGCUGAAACUGUACACCUAACUAUGUGAAACAUCACACACACAUACACACACAUAGUGAGAGGGGGUGGGAGAUAGACGUUCACAUGAAAGAGUGCCACCUGCUGGACAUAAUCGUGAUGACAGGGAACAGAUGAUAUGAGACACAUGUUGAUAUAUUGGAAUAUCAUACUUUAAACUUCGACAUCUAUGUGGUCUCAAAUCCAAAUGACUACAAACCACAAGGCUUCAGCAUAUGUUAAAAUGUAGAAGUUUAGUCAUUUAUAAGUAGCCUACAUAUUUAUCCAAAAAGCACCUGUCAAAGGAAUUUUCAGCUUUUAUCAGGUAUUAGUAAAUCAAAAAGAUUUGUACUUAUAAUUUGUACCUGAAUUUAAUCCCACGGAUUGUAAUCUAUACUAUGUAUGUCACUAACAUCACUGUUUACACACGUAUAACUAACUUUAACUCUUUUAUAGCCUACAUUUAUAGGCUUUGUAAGCUGCAACAUAAAUCAUUUUAACUGAAAAUGUUUGAAUUAAAAAAAUAUACUUUAAAUAGUAAAGAAAUUAAGAUUUAAAAGUGCUGUCCGAGACAUAAUACUAUCGGAAUAUUACAGUAACCACAUGUAGCACAGGGAUAAGUGGGGCACACAAGUUAGUAUUUAGGGCAGGGAAGACGAGACAAGCCUUAAAAUAUAAAGCAUGCGGAAAACAUGGUUGCAGCCCUUAAAACACAGAGAGAGAGAGACAGAGAGAGAGAGACCCCUCGCUGAUCAACAGCACCCCCAUCUUCCUUUAAAAGCCGCCCCCUCCCUCUCCAACCCCCCCUUUCUCUGCUCGAGGUGCAUUGUGGGGAGGAAAGUCGUUGCCAUUCGACCUCUGCGGGGCCUGCGCGGACGCAGCGAGAACCCUGAAAUUCAUUAUGCGUUUAAAACCUUUAUUUAUUUCCGCAUAACCUACAUACUCUCACCGGGAGGGCCAAAGCGGAGAAACAGAACGACGACCAGGCCAUCUCUUUCGGGAAAUACAGCCUCUACAAUCACGUUAUAUUCCAGUCGGAGAGAGAUAGUGUUGAGAAAGUGAAGAUUCUGAUAUAUAUUAAGAAAAAUGUCCGGUGAGAGAAACCGCAGGUCGCUGGCUUUCCGAGGGGGUGGAUUAGCUGGGUUAACGGGUUCCAGCGGUAUCGGUGGGGGGAACUGUAACAGCUGGGAGGCCCCGGCCUGUCAAGACCGACAAUUUAACGGGAACAGGCCGGAUCAGGAGGAGGACAGGGAUCUGGGGGCAAAAGGAUCAGCGCUGAAGAGAGUGGAGGGCGCUGGGUCUGUCAGCGAUAGCACGGAACCCGAGGCGGAGGAAGAAGAGGACCCGGAAGGGGGCAGCUGGGCAGCGGGGGACGGCGACGAUCGCGUCUGCUGCUCGGGAGAAGGGGAGGACGGGUCCAGGGAAGGGAACAGCUUGACAGCGGGGAACGGUCCGAGCAACGCCGACGGUCAGGAGACGGGAAGCGGCGGCGGUGCGACUGGAGGCGAGACGGGCUCCAAGAAAUCUGGCGUGGAGAUGAGACCGCAGACGCUGCUUCAGAAACACUCACUAUUCCACGCGUCGUGGUUGCAAGAAUUUCCAUGGCUUAAAUUCUGUCAGGAGACGGGACUCAUGUCUUGUUCUUGGUGUCACAACAUUGCCACUAAAAACAGCGACGAGCUUGUUAAAGGCAGUCGCAACUACAAACGGGCCUUGCUGCUGAGACAUCACCUGUCUUCUGAGCACGGGAGGAAUGACCCAACCAAACAGGUAACGUUACCUACAGCCCCGUGACGGUUACCUACGUAGCGUCAAAUACCCACCACACACUCUCACAACGUGUUUCAUUUACUCUUUAUUUUGUCUCCUGUAAGAGUUUUGAUAACUUUUGAACCCCAGAGAAAGCGAAAAUAGGCCAUUAACUAAGCUUCACAAUCCCUUCUUCCUUCUGGCUGAUUAGCUAGCAUCAGCCUGCUAACCUGAGCUAACGGCUAGCUUAGCCAAGUAGCCGCUUGUAGCUCUGCUGUCUCCCCGGAGGUGGGUGGCCAGUGACGGCUGUGGAAAGCCCCCUUUUUCUAUGCUAAUGUGUACCAGCCAAGAAACACGCUCUGAAAUACUUUUUUGUGUGCGUUACACUUAUAUGUUUGUACAACUUUUGUUUCUGUGCCCUCACUCUAACCCUACAGUCAGGUAUGACACCUGCCACCUACUUCAACACCGGAGGCUGUGUCUUUGUGAGGGAAUUACCUUUAUGUCACGAAUGACUAUUAACCAUUUUGUCCCAUCAAAAAGUCACUGACAAUAACAGCGCUGUUUUUAACACACCUUUAUUUAGAUUUACCCUUUAUUGCUCGCGCAGCUGUCUAGAUUGCUAGCUUGCUAGAGGUCACACAAUGGCAAGAAAACUCGACCCUAUCAGCCUUUGGGGAACCGCACCCCUUCCCAACCCCCUCCUCCUCCUGGCCUCUCAGGCAGUUCUGCUGGCUCGCAGUCCCGGGUGACCUCUGGCGCAUUUCUUCCUCCUCCACCUCCUCCUCUUUGGGGAGCUAAAUUAGAGGCAUUGUGUUAGAAUGACCCCCCAAAAUCCAUACUUGGUGUCACUUGUGGGGCUGGACAGGAGCAGUAGGAGGAGGAGGAGAGUAAAUCAUGCUGCCUGGAGCUUGACAGCUUGCCUGGCCUAAAUGCAGCCUUUUGAAUAGGCAUGAAGGAAUAAAAUAGAUGUCAGUUGAUGGAAUGACACAGCAUCACCUGACCCUGUCCUCCACAUAUUUCUAGAUUAAUGGGCUCCAGUGUUAUAGCUUUGGGGCACAUGUAAGGACGGAUGCCCCAUCCUGAAUGAACAAGGAAACGAACAGUCCUAAGCUUGAGAUGGGUAGGGAGACACUGACUGUGUCACCAUACUCCAUCCCAUUUAUUCCAACUGUGUUCCAACUGUGAUAAGUACAAGGCCUUUUAUUGGGUCAUUACUUUUGUUGCCGUGUAUGGUCCUCCUUUUUUCUACAUUCUUUUAGACACCCAGUAAAACAGUAAUGAGCACUACCUAACACAGCGCUUAUUCUUCAUCUACCUUUAAAUGUUAAGAUAAAGUUCUGUUCCUUGUCUAUUUACUCUUCCGACCUGCUUUCCUGACAAUGGUCUGGGCUGUCAGGGGAAUUGAGAGUGGGUGCUAUUUGACUCUAAUUUGUGCGAGAAGAGGAUUGGGCUACUACAUUUAGUUCCUCCCUUAGCACACGCAAUCACUAAUCAGAAUGACUUAAAGUGAUCCACUAACUUGUAUCUCUAAUUGGUAAGGAAAGCAGUAGGAGUGGAUUAGGGGCUUGGUGUGGCUUUUCCCUAGCAACAAGGACCCCAGACACUGUACUUAGAGGUUAUCCAGGCCAUUUCCUUAUGAACAGAGAACAGAGACGAGAACAAACAGUUCCAUUCCUGCGUUAUUGGAAAUGAAAAUAAGAUGGUUUCUGCUCUCUGUAUAUAUGUUUCAUGUUCCCCAGAUAAUGCUGUUUCUUAUAAAACUAUGAUCUUCAUCCUUACAGUGCUGUAGAAAUAACAACUCACUCUGUAUGUUAAGUACAGCAACAUUGGGAAGCACUACAUUAAAGGAGGAGUUAUGGUGUUACGAGGCAACCUCUCGUCCUAUUCACCCAUUCCUGACGUUAGUCAGGCCUCCGCUGCAUUCGUUAAAGCUAACUCAAUUAGCCAUAGCACACCAGGCAGCUAUGGUGAAUGUGGGUCUCCUUGGAGAAGGGGUCCAUUGUUCUUUAUUAUCGAGAUGCUGUCUUGAGCUCAGAUUGCUGCUUUUGCUUGCUGGCAAAGGUAAAGAUGAACAGUAGUAGGAUGCACAGCUCCCUUAAAUUGAGUUAAUGAUUUAAUGUUGACAUUUUUUGCCUUUUUUCAUAAAUUUAUAAAAGGUCGUAAUUAUAGCCCACUGAGGGGGUCAUAGAGUAAUCCUUUGGAGUCAUUGUAUACAGCCAAUCCUUUCCACAUCUGUGCUUAAAACAUGUCACAAUUCAAAGUUAUGUUUCAGUGUUAGAUUAUAUGUAGAAAGAGCUCACUCCACAUCCAGCCUUGGCCUAUUUUCUCUCACCCACUGCUCCUUUUCUGUCUCUUUCUCAUCCAUUCCUUAUUUGCACCCCUGUUGAAAAUGUAGUUCCUUCCUAAGAUGUAAACACCUGUUCAGCAAGCCUUCGCAAUUUCCAAACUAUAUUCCUCCCAGGCCAGGGUGAGUCUAAAGAAAUUACUAGACGUGGCACUUCACCUUGUUAAAUUUGACAACCUACCAAAUCUUUUACCUGUGCUGCUGCUGCGCUGAUGGUGUAAGAUAAGAUUACUCACAGUUGAUUACCUCGGGGCACGAUUUAAAUACAGGGGGGCAUUCAAGUUUUCUCACUCUCCCAGUUUUAGUUCAGACAAACACCACCCUCAUUGUUUAAAGCACGUCUCCUCGACUGCAAACAGGGACCCACCCUUUGGGAUCUGGUGUCUGCUGGGUAGAUGGGACUUUAUUGGGGGGCACAGGUCAGGGGAACGGGGUGGAGUGGAGCCAGAGGGAGAAUUCUUCUUGUUGAUUCUUCUACCCUUGUUUCUCUCUUCCAAUCCACCCCCCACUUUUGCCUCUUCUGUCAGAGCAUUGUUAGGAGGCCGGGAGACACUCAGUGCAGCCCUCCCACACCUUAGGCCAACACACACAGCGGUAUUGUUUCGGCAUCUGGGGACAGACGAGGCUGGGCGAGAAGGGGGGCUUGAGAGAAGGGUACAGUGGAUACGGGGAGUUAGCGAAGAGACCAGUGGAAAUGGCCUGAGGGUUGGGCUGGUCAUGGGAUUCACUUGAUUUUGGUUGUGGGGAUUAGGUGGAUGUUGAGAUGGGCGCAAAAAUGUGCAGGAAAUGUAAACAAAAACCUGCUCCAGUUAGUCUUGAUGUUGUAUGGUGGGCGCAAUUUAUCCCAUGACCUGUUAGAGAAGUUCCUGACUGUGGCCAGUACAUCAAAAGCUUGAAUGUAUUAGCAUCAUGCUUUGCUUAAUCCACCUGUAAAUCAAUUCUUUUUGGCCGUGUCAAUCCAAGAUCAAAGGAUCCUCUUGCACUCAUCUUCUGCCCUUUUUUUUUCCUUUCACCUCCAUCGUCUCUGGCGGGGAUAAAAAGCAAGCCACGUCAUGAGUAGGGGAGGUUGAUAUUGUCCCCACAUUUUCUCUUGGCCUGGGCUGCUUUUGCCUCCAGCAUCUGCUGUGCAGGGUUGGUCUGCUGGUUCUCUAAGCUCCCAGCUCACACGUGGCACAUCUGGGGAAAGGAUGAUGCCGCUGCUGAGGCCAGUACAGAGCAACUUAUCCAGUACCAGGCUGUCCUAGCCUGACUCCAAAAAGCACUCACGCACGCACACACACACAUGCAUACAUUGGAUCAGAACUGCUGGGCACAGUCUUACCUCUCUGGCCCAUCGCUUUGCCGUGUGUAAUGGAUAAAAGCUGUGGAGAGUCAUGGGGUUCGGGGGUGAAAUAGCUUGCGAGUCCAGCUCCACAAAUACCUUUGUACUCGGAGUUUCACACUUUUUGUGCUCAAUCCUGCGGUACUCAAGCAGUUGAGACUAUUCCCCUGCAGGCUGCUAAAUACAAUUAAUGUUGUGAUAAGCCCAGCUUCAUGUAAGUUUUUCAGGAGAGUGUGCAGGUGUGUUCAGACAAAAAGCAAAGCCAGUUUUCACAAUAGAGCACCUGCCCAUCUGCUUUUGGAGGGAGUCAGCUUCUCUCUGAACCUCAGCAGCAUAGAUUCAAAAUUAAGCUUUUUGCUGUGAUUGAAUCUCAAUAAACGGGUCAAAAGAUGUAAAAAAAUCACUGUAUAAUCCCGCGUAUCUGCAGAAGAUCAAAAUUUUUGUGAGGUUAAGCCUAAAGGUAAAAGUGCUCGCUCCAUAUACAGAGGCUCUAGUCCUCAUCUCAGCAGUCGCUGGUUCAGCUCCCCUUCAAUCAGAACUCCGAUGUGUGUGUCUUUGGCGUUUUUACUUUACUCUUUGACACAGUGCUGUGACUUUUCGGAAAGUAAAUUGUAAAUGCUGGACAUGAGUCAAAAAGAUGCUGCAAAAUUACUAUAUCACUGAUGUAAAAAUCAAUGCAUUGUCAAAUCUGUUUAGACAAAAAGCAAAGAACUUUCAAAAUUUUCAUCUUUUUGAGCAGAAGCUGGUUUUAACCGGUUCUAAAUCAAUUGCAGGACAUUAGUGAAAUCUUAAAGUUGAUAGGCUUUUAUGUAAAUACCUGGUUUAGAGCCCCUCAUUUCUAAAUUAGUCAAAUUUUAUAUUUUGCUAUUUGAAAUUUUCUCCCUUUUUGGUCUACACACACCUUUAGACAAAAAUAUGGAAGGUAACUGCGCAAUGACCCACAGUAUGACUCCAAAACGUAUCUAGCCCCUGCUGCGGUUGCACUCCUGCCCUUCACACCAAUAUUUCCACAGCACUCAACGUGAUGACCAUUCCCCCUCAGAGUCUUUGAUGUGUAUAUCAGGAAUAAUUUGUUCCUGUUCUCCCCAUCCUCUUCAACCUCGCCCGCAUGCACCCUGCCUGCUUUCUAUGCCUGCUUGUGAGAGAUGCUGUGUAAUAAGAGAGUGAGUGCAGAGCCCUUUUCACAAAGACCCACAGUGAGUGGACAAUGAGCCUCGGGGAGAGCACGGACUAUUGUGAAGGCUAAAAUGGGGUGACCCAACUCCUUCUCUCCUUCGCUCUCUUCUCUCCAGCCCCCCUCUGCUCCACAUUUUCUCCUACAUCCUUUUUCUCGAGGCUCAAGGUCUCGCUCUCUCGAUUUCUGCCCCACACUCUCACUCGCUUUCUUUGUGCGUGUGUUAUGAGGCUUCCGACCAGUUCUCCUCUUUUUUUUUUUUUUUCACACUAAUUUCACUUCGUUGUAUUUCCACUUUUUUCCUCCCCAGGACUUAAUUUGUGUUUCUACUCCCUUGUUUCCUCUCCUCUUUAUUUCUUUGAGCCUGCAGAGUACGAGCACUUUCCCCCCCUCUCUAUCUCUGCCCCGCUCUGCCUCUCAUUUCACUCUAUCCCAUCUCUCCAUCUCUCCCCCUCCAGCUGUGGCGGAGGAUGAUAAGCCCCCCUAUACUAUCCUGUGUGCCCAGGCCGCCCUGGACAAGAGCUGCAGUGUGGAGGGAGUAGGGGUGGGGGUGGGGGCUGGGUGGGGACCUCAGAGAAAUGGAUUUAAUCUGAAUUACUCGAGCUGAAGCCCCAGCUGUGUGUAUGUGUAGGCAGCUUGGUUUCUGUGUACGUGUGUGUGUGUGUGUGCUGCAGAGAUGGUAGUGGGCGGGGGCAAAAAUGCAGGGCUCUAGCAAUGUGAAUUAUUCUGGAUUAGGACAUCUGCUGUGCAAUUCUAAAAUGAGCUGGAGAUGUAUGCGCCUGCAUGAGUGUGUGUGCGUGUGUGCUUGUGUAGCAGUUAUUUUGCAAACAUAGACAUGCUUGGUCUUCAUGCGUUUUGAUUUCUGGGUUGGGAUGUGUAAUUGUCAAUUUAUGUUCCAAAGCCAGGCCAUGUAUUAACGAAAAUGGAGAGAGUAUCCACUGCCCCACUCUGUACCAGGCUGGCCCUUUGCCCUGUUAAGACGGGGAAGGGAAGGGGAGGGGAGAGGAAGAGGGGCUGUUAAAGGGUGGAUCCAUUCUACUGCCAGGCCUCCUACAGUCCUAUUACCCCAGCUAGUCUGCUUUGAAUGCUUGUUGUCAGCUCAGCCUUCACUCAAAUAACCACCUGCUUUGUAGCUCCCUUUCCUGUUCAAGAGAGGUAAAUUUUACUGUAUGGGCAUUAUGCGAGUAUUAAAAUUUUAUCUUGCAAAUCUGCUUGUUAAGAGAUUUUCUAAAGUCCAAUUUUUUUGUAACUACAAUAAAGUCUGAAAUUAUGCCCCUGAGUUCAAUCAGCCUUCACAAAAACUUAAAAACAAACAUUCGACACACUGGCUGUUGCAUUUUCAUGAGAUGUUUAAAGGGAUACAGCUGCACAGAACUCACUGUGUUUGAGUUACCUCUGAAGUCAGAAGUCUGAGCUGAAAAUGACGUCACACCCUAGUUACCAGCGUUUCGGUUACCAAGUCGGAAGAAAGCACAAUCGGAGGCGGAAACAAGAUGGCUACAUCUACGAAAGUUAUUUUAGCACCUGCCGUGUCCGAAUAUAAGCAAGGACAAGGCAAGUUCUAAAAUAUCUUUCAUAGAUGUAGCCAUCUUGUUUAUGUCUCCGAUUGUGCUUUUUCCGACUUGGUAACUGAUGUUGCGUUUGAGUUACAUCGGACAUUCAUUGGACCUUGUGUCAUAUUUUUGGUGCGUGUCUAUGUAGUUUCACUUUGGCAAAAGAAAGAGAUUGAUCAUCGGACUGUGUAAUAGGACCCAUGCCUAAGAGUAAACACGCCUUUCUUUACUCUUUUUCCCACCUCCUCCACAACAGAGGCUUGUCAAACCUGUUUCACCCUAAAGGCAGGAGUGUCAUUGUCACACUGGGAACCCCUGAGGGUGUGUGUGUGUAUGUGUGUGUGUGUGUGUGAGAGAGAGACAGAGUUACAGGAAACACAGCAGUAACCCUGUAUGGGGCAUUUGUGCUGGUUGUAGUUAUUUACAUGUGUAAACCCACCAAUCUGCUGCAAUAACGUUCUCUUUUCUUCCUCUCUUCCUCAUAAAAGGAGAUGGUGAGGCCUUCAGACAACGCCAGUCCCUCCACUAUCAGCUCAGAGGAAGACUACCGCAACAAACCCAACGAGAACUCCUACUGUUACCAGCUUCUCCAGGAGCUGGACAAGCAGCGGAAGAGCGGCAUCCUCUGUGAUGUCAACAUAGUCGUCUCGGGUCAGGUGUUCCGCGCCCAUAAGAACAUCCUGGUGGCGGGCAGCCGCUACUUCAAAACCCUCUACUGUCUGACCAAGGGUGAGGCCCAGGACCAGGCCACAGUCACGCACCUGGAUGUUGCUGCUGUGCAGGGCUUCUCAGUUAUCCUCGACUUUCUCUACUCCGGGAAUCUGCUGCUCACAAGCCAAAAUGCCAUAGAGGUAAUGUCUGUAGCUAGUUACCUCCAGAUGACAGAAGUUGUACAAUCAUGUAGGGCUUUUAUAAAAGAUGCCCUGAAUAUCAGCAUCAAGCAGGAAGCCCCCGACUCAGUGGUGGUGGACUACAACAAGAGGCAGACAGUUGCCAAAGAGGGACAGAGAGGCCUUGACCGGAAGCCGAGCAACUUCUGGGCCACGAGCAUCCUGUCAAAGCUAUCAAUCAAGGCGAGCAACAACCAGGGAAAAGAGGCUAUAGAAGAAGACGAGGAGGGUGGCAGGGUGAAGGAGGAGACCAGCGACAUUGAGGUGACAGUGGUUGGGGGUGAGGGCUGUGCCCUGAUGACCCCCGGAGCUUCUGGUAGCUGGGCCCAUCACAAUGACAACUCGUCCGAUUCAGCAGAGACCAAUGAGACGCGGGCUGCAAGCGGCCAGGUGUUCGUCUGGAACGAGCCGGCCACAGGUGGCGCCCCAGCAGCCCCUGCAGCGAUGAAGAGAGAAGCCCCGGACGCUGCAGCCGGGAGCGGACGGAGGAAAAAGCAGACGACCACGCGGCGUUUCGUGUACAACUUUCCACCCGAGCCUGAAGAGGGAUUCGACGAGGGGAUGUUCAUCCAGCCUUCAGCCUCCUACCCCAGGGAGGACUUCUCUUCCCUCUCAGAAAAUGCUGGUAUGACACAUUUUUAAUUCCAAACACCAACCCACACACACCCAGCCCAAAUCCUCUCCUCUACAGUAUAUCUAUAGCUCUCCCCGUAACUUGUGAAUGUCUUUUUUUUAAUUAGUCACGCUGUGAACUCAGAGUUGCAUGCAGAAUACUUGUAACCAUUUUAAAUGCAAGUUCAUCAUUCAGUUAAACGACAUGUUUAAAGAGCCUCAGGUGCAUAAAGCAACAUGACGAGGGUCAGAGAGCAGAGGCAGCUAGCCCUAUACUGUCACCUCUGCAACUGUGUGUCUCUCUUCGCUGUAUUUAUGCGAUUACACCUGCAAACUUUGCCUGUAGCUUCUACAAGUUGGGGACUUCACACAACAAUUCGAACAUUAGUUAUGUCAGGCAGCAUCAUUUACCAACUUCACACCUUUCUUCUGCCUGAAGCUAAAUGAUCAUACAAAACAAGUCAAAACCAGUUCUUCUAGAUGUUUGAUUUAUCGUCUGAAUAGAAAUUUAUCACUGACACAACAUUUUUACACAUGUAUUUAGGAGUAUUUAAAGUGAGUAUCUGUACGUGUGACCAAUGUGGGUGUUCCAACCAUGUAUCUCUAACGAUUUACCCACCAGAGAGGUCAGUGGGUUUGAAGAGGAUAACCUCUUUGGUCACAUGACUCAAGUAUUUGAUCCUCUGCUGCAGCCUGUAAAUUUUGCAUCAUUUUAAUCUACUGCUGGAAGAUUGCACUUAUGUUACUUCAGGGUGGCAUUGCUUUAUUUAGAUAACCGAUCUUUGAUCAAUAAGUGACAUAUAUCCAAUCAUGUUACAUCUAUAAUUACUACUGAAGUGAUUCUGUGCUUACUACGAAGCCGUGACCAUGAUCAUAGGCACGAUCACUACUUUUCAUGGUGCGGUUAUUGAUCACAGCGCAAGUAAAAUGCAUGGAGUUUCAGCUGUAGAUCAAUGUCCUCACAGCUGACACCCAACAGCAGGGAUGAUCGCUUAUCAAGCCUUUAACCUGUCGUCCACAGUCAACAAAGCAGUCCCCUCCAAGCUCGAUCUUCACUAAUCACCGCAGAGCAGGAGGGGACUUAAGAAAUUACACCCACUUAGAAGUGCUUUACAGUCACAUCACUUCUAAGAAUUGUGUCGUGCCGAACUCCAGAUCAGCGUGUUAUUUUACAGUACAAAAUAAUUUAGGUAUUAUUUUAAAAAUGUGUUUAAGAGGGUACCACAAUAAAGGUAUUUAUGGAAGAAACAUUUCCCAGCCUCUGUAGCUUGUAAAUCCACGCUCUAUCUCAGGGUUGGUAAAAUCAUUGAAUCAGUGAAAGCCACUUUAAAGGUCAGAGGGAUUCAUUCAAUUAAUUUCCAAAUCUUGCUUGUUAGAACUUUGCGCUCCUCCCUUUCUCCUCUCUCUUUGACAACUCUCUCUCCCUCUGUUCCUCGCUCUCUCUCUCUGUCACUUAAUCUUCCCAUUGCCCUGCCCGUCCCAUCCGCACACACACAGCGAGCGCUCUUAGUAAUCUCUUCCCUUCAGCUCCAGCCUCCUCCUUCUGUCAGCUCCAUUAAGCGUGGCACUCCAUGUAACCAUAAUGAUAUCACAUAUUAAGUGGAGUGGUAUGGAUGGGAGGAGAAAAGGGGGGGAUGUGUGAGGCACAAAGUGUGUGUAGAAAGAGGAGGAACUACAUUUUGUGUGUGAGCGAGAGAAGCCCUCCCUAAUGCAGGCAAAUGAAGAAAGCCGGGGAAACAUUUCUUCCCCCAGGCCUCCCUAAAUGCACUUGAAUGCUCUUAGUGCCUUCAACUCCUCGUAGGGCUCUCAUAAUAUGUGCACGAAGUGAUCCGGGGUGUUGUAAUGGCUCGGAAAGACGCUCUCUUAAAAAAAACAGGGCUUGCGUGCAUGCAUACCAGCUCCCAACCUUCUUGUCCUAAUGCCAAACUUUUCCAAACAAAGGUAUGGUUCGGACGUGGAGCAGACUGUUUGUCAUGGUAAAAGCUUUCAAGGCAACCGCUAAAUUUUAGCUCUGUAAUGACCAGUGUAUUAGCUUGAGUCAUUCAUACGGCUGACACGUCAUCAGUUUAAAUGUAGAUCAGGCAGCCAUGUGCCGAUUCUGAUGUUCAUGUGGCAGGAGAGCAAGUCCAGAUUUACAUGUGAGCCAGUGACGCUGUGAGUCCCUAUUCCCCUCUGAGAUGCUUUCUCAAGUUUUAGGAUGCUGUUUUUGUCUCAGGAGAGUUGAGAUGUAGCUCAGAGUUGUAGUGACAAUGACCUUUGGACGGACUGUGGGUGAUUUGCGACAAGGAUUUCUUAAACAAAUGAUACCCUGUCAGUCUACUUUAGCCCAAUAAGGGACCAAACAAGGAGGUGAGCCACAUGUAGAUCAUCAGCAUUUUGUCUUCCAGGAGAAAAUUUGAGCUUCCACUUAAUCCGAUAUGCACUGUAGGGUCCUUUUUAUUGUUGUUAAUCUAAAAUUUAAGACUUUAGGUCCUUACACACCAGGAACGAUGCAAAUAUACAACGCAAAAUAUUCAGUGGCGAAUUUUGACGCGCCUGACUAUACACAUAAAGCAUGUGUAAAGCAUGGGUCUUUCCGGGGGAAAAAAGACGCGUCCAGGGUGGAAGCGAUAAGACUGACACAACAGCAGAUUCUGAUUCUGAAUCUUGUUGUUUAAUCUGUUCUAAUUAGACGCUAGUGUUGAGAUGUCUGUCUGUCAUGAUAGCAUGUACUGAGUCGGGGCCAGUACCAGAUAAGAACAUUAAACUAUAAUCCAUAAACAUAAGGUAACAACCAAGACCUAAUGGUGCUGUGACAGCAACACGAUUGAGUUUGAGACAGUGAAAAUACAUAUGGUAUGUUGUAUCUGAACAGGUUAGCUUACGAGCUAAAGUUACUUAGCACAGAUAAAAGUUAAAACAAAGACGUUUAGCAAACUGUUAAAGCACACAAACCAUCGUCAUAUGAGAGAUCCAACGCUAUGACUCUCCAUAAGUUGUCCUUCAGGUCGUUAUCUUUGUAAUAUUUGUGUCUUUAAUCAAAAAGCACUCUGUUCUCUGACACGUAAACAAUCAGCUGGUCGGCCAUGUUGGAUAUACCGGUGAAUCAGACAUCGCAAAAACACGAAGUCUGAUUGGUCAGAAGUGGACACACAUUAUGCGAAACUUUAGAAAUUCGACUGUGAUACGAAAAAUAAAUGCCGCGAUAUCGCAGGACGGGAAAACGUUGCUGAUGUGAACACUUGUAUUGACAGGAUACCUGUUCGAAAAAAAAUUUUGACGUCUGAAAUAAUCGCAUGGAAAAAAAAUGCUCCCAGUGUGAAAGGACCUCUAGUUUUCAACUGUCAGUAUGUAAAAACCCUGCUUACAUCCUACUUUUUAAUUUUUGUGUACUCUCCAUGUGUCUCAUCUUCUAUUGUAGUCAGAAUCUUUGUAGUUUACUCUUAAAUAUGUGGACUUAUGGCUUACAGCAUCUAAAUAAACCUGUGAUGUUGAGGCAGUAUCCUACCAGUGUGCCCCUGAGUCAGUUUUUUUGCACAAUCAGGGAACACGCAGCACACAUGGAAAAAUGUAACUGUACCAUUCUUAAACAGAAAAGUCUUUGUCAGAUGUUUGACUUUGUAUGUAUGGUUCCCAUAGCCUCUCUGCCUCUCCCCAUCAAGCUCCAACUGCAUGAAGUGUCUGUUUGUCGCGGCCUGCUCUGAAUACGUGUCACAUGAGGUCUCGAACUUUAGUUACACUUAACUGAAAUAUUGCUUCCCAUAGCAAAAAUGGGAAUGCGUACAGCUAUUAGUCACAUCCACUGUGGGUUAUUGGAUUAUUCCAUUGUUGUUGGUAGUCUUGCAGAAGAGACAAAGAGGGUUCAUAGUUCUGCUUGUGGACACGAGCAAACACACAAAAACCCUGUUUAUUAUAGCGAUGCCCUCACUCUGAGUAUAAAUCCCUCUUAGUGGUCAUUUUGCUGCAUGCUUCUGUCCAGGCUUAUGAGCAGUCAUCCACCUAUAUUAGCUGUCCCAGUUUCCCACAGUGAUGUCACUCGUUUGGAUCUGAUUUUGCUUCAGUUUGAUCUGUGCAGUCAUGCUCCAAACACUGUAGCCUAAAUUCAGCCAUUCUGUCUGCUGCAUGCAUUUGGCUGUGGACCCUUUUGAAAGAUACGCUUGUUUUUCUGUCCUUUUUAUUUCAACUAAUACAACAAUUUGGACAUUAACUUUUUUGCUCAAUAUGAUUAAAGCCAUGAGUUAUUGUUUCCUGGACUUCAAAAUGCCAGAAAACAGGUCCUGGAAAAGAUCAAGCUGUCUGAGAUUUUUCUUGACCCCCAAUAAUAAUAAGAUGUAAAGUAGAAAAUACAACUGCACAACUCUAACUACUGGUCUGCUGACAGGUGAUUCAUGAUGCUAAUGAUAGUUUUUCCCUUGACAUACAUCUAAAAAGAUGAGAUCACCUCAUACUUGGGGUUUAAUAUUUAAUGGGGUCCAUGCUUUGCUCUACAACAUAUUAAAACAGAGUAGUAUGAUUUAUAGUCAAAUUGACUCGCUGUCUGAGGCUGGUGGAUUUCUGCUGAUAGACUCCUUGUGUUUCUGCGACAUCAUCCCACUCAGAAGCUUAGUCUAUUUUCCUGAUCCAAUUCCCUGAAUAGAAGGUUAUCUGUGAUCAUUUCUGUGUCAAAGUGUCAUUUCUGACAUCUUAAAUUUGGUCUGUACAUUGAUCAGAGGCUGUAUCUGAGCUUUAAAGGUGCAGUCAGAACCCAGGUUAGCCUGAAACAGACAUCACAGUCCCAUCACAGCACACAAAUAGGAAAGAUAGAGCUAUUUGACUGGAUUCAUCCAAAUCAGGUUAAAGUGGUAUGAGCCGAUCUGUGCUCUUUCUGUGUUCCUGUAUUCAGGUGCCUCAUUUAAUUAUGCAUGUGAUUGGUCAUUUUGAGGUGUUAAACAUUUAAUAUUCAGGAUCAGUGGUUCGUCCUAGCAUGUAUUUCUUUAUUUAUUCAAGCUACAGAGAAACACAUGGAAAAAUAUUACUGUUUAUGUUGGAGAGACACUAAACUAAACUCUAAAUGUGUAUUUAACACAAACCAGUAACUGUUUUAAGGUAGACACUAGGGGUGGAAGAAAAAAAUGAUACGGCAUAGUAUCGCGAUAUUUUGUCUGGUGAUAUAUCGUAUUGUCUCAUUGACCAAGUAUCGCUUUUUUAAAAACUAAUUGUUAAUAUGAAGUCAAAUCUUUUGAUAAUGGGAAAAUAAAAUCAACUGGUUGUCCAGUGAGGUUGGCAGAGGCGACAUCGUAGAGCAGGAGAAAGUUAGUACAACAAAUCUGUCUAUCUAAUCUAUCUAUCUAUCUGGUUUGCAAGAUGUGCUACAUGAAAAUGAGAUACAGUGUAAAUAAGACAAACAUAAAGGAAAGACAAAACUGUUGGAAAAAAAAAAAAAAUUGCAAUAUAUUGGUCGCUGUAUUGCAAAACGUCAAAAAUCACAAUAACAUAGUGUUGUGGCCCAAGUAUCAUGAUAAUAUAGUAUCGUGGGGCCACUAGUGAAUCCCACCCCUAUUAGACUCUCUGUCAUUUAGGACGGAAAACCAUGUCAUUAUUUUGUCAGGCUUUAUAACACUAACGAGACUGCCUGCAGUGUCUGCAGACAGAAUCUGUGAGCAUAGGCACUGGCCAUUACUGAUCAUUCAGUAUCUUGUUGGAUAUCUCAGCCAUAGAAAUGAAAACAUGAUGACAGAUUCAAAUCUACAGGGAGACAAAGUAAAGGGUUUAACAGAAGGACUCGUGCUGAACUUCAUUAAAGACGGUUCAAAGAUCUAUAAGUCCUUUGCCUUGACUGUCUGUUUUUCAUGAUGCUGAGCCUGCAGCCAGGCCAGUACAUUCUUGAGUCUUUUCCAAACACGGCUUUUGGAUUGUUUAAAGGGUGGGUUCUGCACACAGACGCACAGAGCAGGUGGAAGACAUUUGCAUACACUCCGGCCUCUCUCUUCUGGGCGCACAAACGCGUACAGCCACAAUAACUUCCCCCAAUCCCUGCGAGGUGCAAAGCCGGUGGGGGCUGUCUCUCCCCUCUCUAAUCCACUCUAAUGCACUGAGGCUGUCCUCACUAUUCCAAAUAUUGACCCAGGGAGAGUGAACACACACACACACCACAUACACACAUAUACACACUCAACGGGGCGUGUCUUUAAUGGGCUCUAAGCACUGAUGCUGGAGGAACCGGACACACACACACACACACACACACACACACACACACACACACACACACACACAGGUGCUCACACACAAAAGCCAAAUGUAAGCUGAGCUGGUGUGAGGACUCGACUCGUUUUCUAAUUAACCCCCUCCCUGCUGGAGCCCUGGUUACACCAUUAGCUUGUUGUUCAGGCCUGGGGGACAUGUUGAGGUGUGGGGAGGGGGGUUGCAGUGCUUUGCAUAGAGUAGGGCCCUGUGUGUGUUUGUUUGCCUGUUUUGUUAACUGAAACUUCCAUUGUUUCAUACGGGGGGUCGGUUAGUUGUGUACACGAGGCGUUAUGAGGUGUGCACCCCCCCAGGCUCUCAACCACCUCUCUUCUCUCUUUCUCCCUCUCUCACUCCUCUUGUCCUCACCCCUUCCCCCCCCCUUCCCUUUUUUUCUCCCUCCCCACCUUUCCCAGAGUUGGCCAAUCAGAUCCAGUAUAGCAUCAUCCAAGACUUACAGCAAGGAGAGUCCUGGGAGAAUGGUAAGACGCCGCUCUCUCUAGUCCACAGCUAAAAAAAAAAAAGAAAAUGCCUCUGUGAAACUUUAACCAAAAUGCAUCUUCUCAAAUGAGUGUGAGCAGUGAGGUAUGAGAAAGGCAGACACACAUCUCUGGUAUAGGACUCAUGAUCAACCACAGUUUAAAUGCUUGGUUGAUCAGGAAGAACCACAGAGAUAAGAUAAGCGAAGUGAUCGUCGUAAACUCCUUGUAAGUGAAAGAACAAGAAAUGUGGGAAAAGUGCAGAAUGCGGUCAAAUAAUCACCUCAUUUUCUCCAGUUGUCUUUUCAGUCGGCUUCAGUUCAACCAUAUUAUUACACAUAAAGCUUAUAUAUUCCUGCUGUUUUAUGGGUGUGUUAAGCAUUUACCACAAAGGCUUCAGGAUCCUGUUGGCUUCCCACCUCUGCAAACUGCUCUUAAGGUCAUUACACACCGGGGCCGACAUGAAUAUAGAGCGCUAAAUCACAAAAUAUUCAGAGGCGAAUUUUGACGCGCCUGACUAUACACACCAAGCCCGAUGCAACUUUUCGGGGGGAAAAGACGCAUCCCGGGGAAGACCUUUCCGGGGGACAGUCCCACCUCCUUAGCGUCUGAUUGGCGAAGGAGGGCGGGACCUUCCCUUAACAACCUACAGCAUCCCAGGUAGAAGCGAGAGGACAAAAAUGGAGUUUACUUCAACGUCAAGUGAUGGCAAAUUGGUACUUCUUUUGCUUUCUCAAAAGAAAAAGAAACGUAGCACAUGGGUGCAUGCAAUAUUACAAAAAAGAAGAGAACUUGGUGAGUUUCACUGCCUGGUUCAGGAGCUGAAACUGGACCACGGUCGCUUCAGAACCCAUUUUUGGAUGUCUGUUGGACAACUUGAAGUUCUGCUGAAACAAUUCGUUCCAAGUUUGAAGAGGCAGAGGACUAGACACUAGUGUUGAAGUGGCUUUCUGUACUGAGCUAGUACCAGAUAAGCACAUGAAACUAUGGUAACAACCGUUAGCUCACGUUAGCACAGACGAAAGUUAAAACAAAGAUGUUUAGCAAACUGUUAAAGCACACAAACCAUCGUCAUAUGAGAGAUCCGAUGCUAUGACUCUCCACAAGUAGUCCUUCAGGUAGUUAUCUUUGUAAUAUUUGUGUAAACGAUCAUAAACAAUCAGCCGGUCGGCCAUGUUCGAUAUAACGGUGAAUCAGACGUCGCAACAACACGCAAUCUGAUUGGUCAGAAGUGGACACACAGUAUGUGAACCUUAAGAAAAAUCGUCCAUGAUCUGAAAAAUAAAUGCUGAUAUAUCGCAGGACAGGAAAACAUCGCUGAUGUGAACGCUUGUAUCAACAGGAUAAGGGUUCGAAAAAACAUCUUGAAGUCUGAGAUAAUCACACGACAAAAACAGUCCAGGUGUGAAAGGACCUUUACUCGGUGCGCUUUGGUUUCAACAGCUGAAGAUGUGCAAACAGAAAAGGGCUUAAAUUUGACAUAUUCACAAUAACCUCCCUGAUGCACACUUUGCAUUAAGCCUUGUCAAGAUAACCUUUAAUGUAGCUUAUUCAAAUAAUGUUCAACAUUUCUGUAAUUUGAUCUGUUUUCCAGACUAUCGCAGCUGUCAUUGCUUCCUCAAAUGUGUAUAUAUAUAUCUAAAAAAACAGACUGACUCUCGUUUUUGCUCCGAAUGAAUAUCUAUCACACAGUAUACUCACACUGCUAUGUAAAGAUAAGGGUAAGACUGUGACUGUUGUUAAAAAGCAGAAGCUACAAUUCCCCUACAACUCUGAAUUAGCAGCUUGUACUGUUCCACAAGGUGCUUCUAGGUAAUAUACCAGUCACACACACACACACACCCCGUGAAUACACAGGUGACCUGUUUCUCAUCAACCCUCCCUCCACCUCCCCCUUAGCAACCUGCCCUGACAACGCCUCUGUUGUGUGCUCCCUGUGUCAAACAAAAGGCUCGACCCCGUUCCCCCACUCUCUCUCUCUCUCUCUCUCUCUCUCUCUCUCCACAGUAUAGACCAGCACUCUAUGUGGAUUCUUUUUUAAUCAAUACAUGGCUUAUUUAUUUGGAGGGCCAGCUGUUCCUACCAGCCUGUGAGCACAAACACCCAAAAGAGGGCUAACGUUGAUGAUGGGUAUCUGUUAUCUCACCGAGAACUGCACAAUAUGUCUGUUUGGUAUAGUAACAUAUUAAAAUUUUCUUUCACAUUCACGUCACAUAAUCCGAAUCCAUGUCCCAUCAGUGUGUUCUAGGUCAAGACGUCCGAUAUCAUCCCAAACUGUGACUCAGUUUUUGGGUUUUAGAGGUGGUUGGUAAACUUCACAAAGGUUCUAUAGUAAUAAGUUUUGUUUCCGAACCAAACUUCCACAAAAAGAGCCGGUUGUGUGCAUCGGUUUGUGGUUUUUAAUUCUUUCCAGCGGUUCCCGUAUCCUCUCUCAGUGACUUGAUAAACAGGAUAUCGGCUCUCGACACACCCUGCCUAUUCUCGUUAGUGGAUCUAUACAUGCAAAUGUAGCUUUUAUGUUGAUUGGCUUGUUGCAUGUACAGUUUGUUCAGCUUUAGACUGAGAAGAACAUCUGUAAAAGUGUUGUAUUUACAAUGGACAGAGAUUGAGGGAACAGGCCAGGUAUUCUUCCAAAAAUUAACCCUGAAAAAGGGAGUCGUUUAAUUAUCAUGAUUGUCUUUUUUGGACCAAUAUGUUUCACGUUUAUGUGAUCCAUUGUACUUUGCGGUGACUAAAUGUGUCUGUUGCUGACCUUGUGUUCCUCUGUGUCUCUGACCAGGAGAGUCCUCACACCUCGCCCUCAAUAAGCUCAAGUGCCCCCACUGUAACUACAUCGCCAAGCACAGACGCACGCUCAAGAGGCACCUGAUCAUCCACUCGGGCGUGCGCUCCUUCAGCUGCGACAUCUGUGGCAAGCUGUUCACCCGCCGUGAGCACGUAAAGAGACAUUCCCUGGUGAGUCCACAUAUGCACCAGCUCCUCUCUCUCUCUCCUCUCCUAACAUCAUGUGACGUGUGUCCGCCACCUUCUGCCAAACACUGCAUGAGCAUUUCGGCCACCCUCACUUCUUGGCUCUCUGUUCCAUUAUUCAUUUUGAGUCUGGCAGAGAAGGGUUGCAGGGAUUUUUUGGUAAAAAGGUGACAUUUUUGGCUACGGGGCGUUUGCUCUAAUAUGGGGAGAAUGCUGGAGUCUUUCACAGAGUCCUUAAUACAGUGUCUUAGUGCAUUUUUAUGAUUCAAAUUUGCGUUUAAAAAAGGAGGACAAAUUUGUAACUGUACCAUUUCUAAUUCCAUAUUUGUUUAAAGGAGUAGUUCAACAUUUUGGCCUCUACUGGCCUGGGUUUAAAUGAAAUAGUUGAACCUGUCAUUGUCUUAAAGAUGAAGCUCACAUGACGUGAUUAGUUAACAUCCCUAGUCUGAACUCAUUUGGAAAAAUAAAGAGGGUGGGGGGCAUUUCUAUCUCUGCUCUCUUACUUUAGUAGCUAAGUUAAGGUCCUUACACACCGGGAAUGACGCAAAUAUAGAACACAAAAUUACGAAAUGUGUGAAAGGACCUUUAGAGGUAACUUAAAUUUUAGCCUACUUAUGAAAGAGAACAAAACCAAUGUUUUUUUUUAAACUCUUCCUUUAUUGAAAGUAUCAGAAAAUAAUUAAUCUAAUCUAAUCCUCUACCUUACAGGUGCACAAGAAGGACAAAAAGUAUAAAUGCAUGGUGUGCAAGAAGAUCUUCAUGCUCGCAGCCAGCGUCGGCAUCCGUCACGGCUCGCGGCGCUACGGCGUGUGCGCAGACUGCGCCGACUCGCACCAAGCAACUCAGGAGGGCCUGGAGGGGAUGGAGGGCAUGGAUUUCCCUCGUGACGAAGACUUCGAAGGCGAGGAAGUGGAGGACCUGGAGGGAGAGGAACCCACUGAUAACGACCAAUCAAACUGGGGUGAGAGCAACACUAGUGCUGCCCCGGAGGAGGACUAAGAAUUUUAACAAGCUUGAGAAACAAAUAAAAAAAGUUGAUGUUUAAUAUAUAUGUAUACAAAAAAACUAGCUGGUAAACAAUCAACUCCAAAGUGCUAUCAAACCUCGAGGUUACUUAAUUGUGCAAGUAUAUGACAAAGAGAUGGAUUUAGAGAGAACUAAAAAGCUUUGGUAGAGUGGAAACUCCAAGAUGUACAGAUUUAAUUAUUGUUAAAAUGUGUCCAACUCUGGGCCCAGCGCCCACCAGAGAAAGAAUCUAAAGAUGAAUAAUAUGAUAAAUCAGGUUUUGGUGAUGUAUUUUUAUUUUCCGGUUUUGGGGGGGAGGCGGGGGUGAUGUAGUUUUUUGAGUUGGGUUAGGCCAAUCAUUUAAAAAAGCAAAAUGUUAAUUAUUUAAUUUAUGAAGAGAGGUUAUAAUGGUCUUAUCAAAUGCUAUAAAUUAAUUUCUGUUGUUUUUGUCUGCAGGCAGAGGCACAGUGACAGCUGUAGCUUUCUGCACAAUCUGAAAGUUUAUUGCUUGGUGCUUGUGCAAGUACACCGAAGAAGAGCAUUAUUGUCCACAGGAAGAUUUCUAACUUGCUCUGUAGAUCAUGUUUAGACGCGCUAAAUAUUAUUAUUAUAUUAUUAUUCGUUUCUCUUUUUUUUUUCCUUUCCCUGCACAAAUCUUGGAACCAAAAAAUCUGUUUUGUGACUCUAAUGUAUCGCAGCCAUAUUUAUGAUUAAUUUAAGAGGGCUGUGGUAUUGUGCCAAACAGACCGCACACCAAGACUGAGCAGGAACAAAACUACUGAAUACGCUUUAAAGAAGAAAAAAAAAAACAGACAACGUGAGUUAAUUUUUUAAUUUUUUUUUUUUGUUAAGCGGGAAAAAUAUUGAUUUAAAAAAAAAAAGCGAAAGUACAAGGGGAAAUGUUGCUAGCUUUAUACAAAUCACGGCGUCACAGUAACACUUUAUUAUUAAACAAAAGCAUUUGACUUUCACUUAAAGCUUGAAUUUUGCCAAAUGAUGAAACGUUUGGUGCUGUAAUGCUUGUCGCAGAAUACUGGACCUAAAGGCUAUAUAUGAUGUUUAUAAUCAUAAAGCUUAAACUGACUCAGUUAUACAUAUGUGUAAUCAGCUCAUACUAUAGAACACUGUUGUGCUACGGCGACUAUCAGGUAUGCUUUGCCAUUGUUUUUAAGCUUCUGUUUUAUUUAAUGCACACACACUCACACACACACAUACCAUUUUGUAGAACUACCGGCAGUACUUGUUUUUGACAUUUUUAAGGACCUAAGUGGACAUCAACACCUGUAUACAUUUGUUUAUAUUUGGUACUGAGUUAAAUACCGUUUAUAUAUUUAAAAAUCACUUGAACCUUUGGUUGUUAGGGGGGAAGAAGUUUGCAGGAAAUGAUGAUGAUGAUGAUGUGUGAUAUUUAAAGUCUGAGAGAACUCCAUUUUUCACGUGUAAAACGUACAAAAUGUCAUCAGUUUAAUUUGAUGUAAGUUUGUUUUUAUUUUUAAUUUUAUUUUUUAGGUCUGCCAGGUAGAAAAACACUUUGUUCCACAAAAAGUGAAGCUCUAUGGCGCCUCAUAGACAUGCACUUAAGUUUGUGUUGAUGAAAAUAAUUUUCUUUUUUGUUUUUUUUUUUCGCUUCCCCAAAAAGCGGGUCUGAAUGGAACUAUAUAAAAACUGUUGUGUCUUUCUUCCAAUGAGCAACUUUUUUAUUAGACUCUUUGUUCUUUUUUUUUUUUUGUUAUUUAAUAUUAUAUAUAUUGACUCCAAAUGCAAUCAAGACUGUUAAUUUCUAUUUGUCCAACCAAAAUUGUUGUUUUUAAUUAUUGUCGAGAUAUAAUGUAUGAGAAAAGCCAGGUGAAAACUUGCUUAGUGUAGAAAAUCCUUGCUCGUGACUGUAAUUGUUGAGAUUUUUAAAUGUUUUUAUGCUACAGAAUCAUUCACUUUACCCUAGAUGCAUAUUUUGUUUUAAUUUUGUCCUUUUCCACAGAUGUCUCCUUUCUCUCCUUCGUUCUUUCAUUAAGCACAUAUUUUCUAAAGAAACACGGAUUGUUUGCGGGUUAAAACCUUGGAACAGCAGUAUCUGUUCAUAUGCAGUGGAUCAUACAGUAUGUACUGAAGUGCUAAUGAUACAGAAGAUGUGUAACUUCCCUUUACUGUCAGUGGAAGAAGAUAUAUUUUAAGUCAUAGAGAUAUCCUGCCUCUUCGUGUCACUUUUACCUUCAAAUCACUGUGGGAGGGGUUAUAUUACAUAUAUAUAUAUAUAUGUUGAGAAUAUAUAAGAUAAAUAUAUAUAUAUGAAGAAUAUAUUAUUUAACUAGUGGAUUAAAGUAAUGGAACACAUUGACAGUCAGCUUUGGACCUCCUGGCGCGGUGGUUUUAUUUCCGUGAACUUUAACCUUCCAUUUCCUGUCUCUGUUCACGCUGUGUGCUUGUUCAUCACACCAUCCUGUUGUCUUGUUUGUUCUUUUGAUACUAUUUACCAUCCUACUGAUUUUACUGUAAUGAAUGAAACUCAAAACUUUGAUGUAUCAUUUUAGAUUUUAUGCUGUAUUUGUUAUAUGGACAAAGAAACCAACAAAGCAAAAAACACUACAGAUGUCAAGCAGAGGUUUUUUUUCCCCAGCUGUAUUUUUUUACGCUGUCGCAGAUGGUUGUAUUUUUCAAUCUCUUUCGAACUUUAACAGUGAUGCAAAACUCGGGCCGCGCCUCAGUGCCCUCUGAACACAAAGCAAAUUCAGGUUACUCUUUUUACGUUUUUAUCAAAGGUUUUCAAAGAUGGAACUACAUUCUCCUUUUUUCUGUCUGAAUUGUACUACUGUUCCUCUCUAUACUACAUUUUAAGAAUAAAACUUUGAUAUUGCUUUAAACUGUCUGUGCACGUUUUUCCCUUCUUAUCUUGUAAAAACUUGUGUCUAUGACCGUUAUGAGCAGAUGACCUUAUAAAAUGAUCUAUAUUUCUAUGUGAUCGAUCAGAACAGGGUUUUUAAUUGAUCUCACAUGUGGAAAAAUUAAAUUAAAAAUUAAAUCAAACAUUUUGAAGUAACAAAAUAUAUAUUUUUUUAAUCUCAAGAUUUCAAUAAAAAUCACAGCCCUUGAGAUGCAGAUUCAACUUACACCCUCAUAUUUUUACAAGUUAAUUACUAAAUGAUUAAAAAAAAAAAAUGAGCCAAUAAUCUGGAUCUCUAUGGAUAUAUUUUUCAGUAUUGUGUGUUUUCUUGUUUUUCAUAGCUCAUCAGAAACCUUGAGUUGGGUUGAUAAGCAGGGCAUUUUACAGUUUUUCUCAGUCACUUUGGUGCAUUUCUCACAUCACUAUUAACAUUUGGUGCAUUUCUCAGAACAAUUAGUACAAACUGCAAAACCUAGUGGAUAAUCUGCAAAAGAGCGUCACUUGUUUAAAAUGAAUAGAUGAUUCCUCAAAAGCAAGUCUUCGUGUCGAUGAAAGUGUCUGUGUCAUCAAAAUUAAAAGUCCCAACAUCAUUGUUUAUGAACAAGACAGUCAGAUGGCUUUGUCAUGUUUUCAUUAUGACACUUCACUCUCUCUCUGUUUUCCAGUGCAAAAAAGUCAGACCUUGGUGACACUACCAGAAAAUGCUUAAGUCAGCACUAUACAUUACCUGUACAACCAUUUGAAAACUACAGUAAAGUUACACAUUAGUGUAUUUAGUGAGGUGACUGAGUACAAGACACAUAUAUGUUUCACAUAAUGCCCACUGAGCUAUUAGACGUCUAGUUUUCUUUUCGACCUAAUUCCAACCGUCUAGAUUCUGUAUAUUUUUAGACGGAAUUCAGACGUUGCACUUUAACCCAUUAUUCAAUAACUAUUUAUUUCAAAAAGCAACUGUUAGUUGCAUGACUGAUCUCCAAGUACUUAACCAAAAUAUUUAUGAUAGCCGUUGAGCAAUAUACAGUGUAGUAUAGAUAUAGCCCAGAUUUAGACUUGAUCUAAACUUGGUCUAAAUUUACACGUCUAAAAAAACGUUCAUUUUCCGAUCUGUGGUAGCCUGAUUUUAGACCAGUCAUCUAAACUACAUUUAGAUGUCUAUUAGACCUCUUUUAGACCAAAAAAUGCUCAGUGGGUGCAUAUGCCGUCCCUAUGCAGCAUUGUGCAAAAAACAAAAUUCACAGUCACUUAUUUAGAACAAACAUAAGAAAUACCAUUUUGGUAGAACUGUGCACAGAUGUUAACAAUAUAACAGUACAUAUUACUGUAAACGAAGCUACGUCACAGAAUUGUAGAAAUGGUCCACACUGAAAAAAUGACAAAAUGGCAAAAAAAAGAUUUAAAAAAAAAAGAUAAGGGAAUGUAUGAAAUCAGCUGGACAGAUUUUGACAACAAGUUCAAGAAUUUUGUUUGUAAUGACUCAAGCAAUGAAACAAGGAUUAUUAGUUUUAUAGGGAAUGAUUAUUUAGCAAAAGUAUAGUUUAUUUUGACUGACAUGACAGAAGCAAAUGAUGUUAUAAAACAGCAGAGAAUUGUAUGAAAGUAACUGAUACAUGUCAGAGGAUUUGCAGUUUGUUCAGAGGAAUAAGAAACUGCUACAAUGAUGUGUACAAAUGAUUUAAUGUUGUGGUGGUUGAACUAAUAGUUGCAAGAACUUUCAUUCUGAUCUGAGAAAUUCACCAAAACAACUGAGAAAAACUGUAAAUCCACUAUAAAACCAUCCCCAAGUGCUGCCAUCUGCUGGUUAAAAGUAAAACUAAUCUGUUUGUCUGUGCUGACACCAGGUGGCAGCACUUCUCUUCACAUUUCUCUCUGCGCAGUCCAACAAUCACACCCGCAAACACACUGUCCCACUUACUCAGUGAGACUUUUAAUGGGAGGAUUGAUCUCUGCAUUGAUGAAAUGUGGGGCCGCUCACAUUGUGGUUGGUUGUUUUCCUGUUAGAAAGCUUCAUGAGUUUUUUAAAAUGCAAUUUGUUUUAGCGUGUAAAUCGUCAAAUACAAGCUGUGGUUUGAUCUUGGUUUGGAUUUGGACAGAUUGCAAACAAAUUUCCUAAACUAUAAAAGCUUCUAAAAGAGGAACAAAUGUCUUGGUUUGCUAAUAAAACUACAUUUGUAAGAAAUCAUGUCUGUUUUAUUCUCUUGUGGAUCCUUCAGACAGGGGUGGAUCUUCUGUGAUCUUGUCAUGCAGGGAAAGCAUGGUAGAUUCCAGCAUACAGGAGCAUAUACUUGGCAGGUUUUCAGAGACAUUUUAUCGAACUUUUUCUUAAAGAAGUCUCUUCAUCUGAGCGUCUGAAACAAAUGUGAAGAAUGCAUCUAAAGCACAAUCUUCUGAUGUGUGUUUGUCACACUGAUUCUCUGUGGUACAUGCUGUACACUAAAACCAAACAGGCCUCAGUUUAUGUUUAUCUCCUCGUGGGUAUGAGCGCUGCUGUGUGUGUGUGUGUGUCUGUGAGUGUAUCUGUGUGUGUGUGUGUGUGUGUGUGUGUGUGUGUACAGUCAUCAAACAUUGGCCUUGUGGGCAAACCACACCACACACUGCUCUAUUCUUUUCAGUGUGCGCAUGUUUGUGUGUGUGUGUUCACGUGAAUGCGUGUGUGUGUGUGAGUGCAUGAGCCUCCUUCCCAUUCACAGGCCCUUUGUGUGGGUGUCUGUCAGCGGUGUUGUCUGCAGGCAGGCCUCCAUUGUGUUGAACCACUGCUCCUUAUUGACUCAGGGCCCCUGGUGCUCCGUGUUCCCAUGGCCCCCCAGCCACAGCGGAUGGAAGGCUGAAACCAGAGCCCAAGAGCUGGGGAGAGUUUGUUUGCACUCCCUUUCUCUCCCUUGGUGCUACUACAACUCCUGUCCAUGGGGUGUGUGUAUGAAUGUGUGUGUGUGUGGUAGUUUGGAUAUUAGAAAUCUAAGGUGCAAAAGCAGGUAAUAAUGUGAUUACAGCUGCAGCAGCUAACAGCGGGGACCCCUUUGCGCCAUAAAGUGUGUGUGUGCGUGCAUGUGAUGGCUCAGCGCUUCACUGAGAGGCACUCUGAGGUCAAAGGGAGAGCAAACAUUAAUAGAGAAGAUUACGCUCUGAUCAUUAUUAUCUCCUGUGUGACCUGCUGUGACCCCUCGAUGGUGUCUAGACAAAUCGGGUUCUCAUGCACAAAGUGUUCCCAGCAGGACACUUAACACUGAGCCGCACGUGGCCUCGUUCACACCGCAGCUUUAAGACGGACUUUGAAGUGAAAAAAAGGAACUUUUGUACGAUUAAACAUGAGCUCUUUUUUUCACACAUGAACUUCAGUCAGAUUACAGGACAUGCAGGCCCUGAACUUACCAUCCACACAUCCCGUCCUCACAGUGGAAAAUCAUCUGUGACAGACAUGCUCUCACCACUUGAAAUACUCAGUUUGGUGGAAUUUAGGGGGGAUGGGGGAGUCUUCAGAAAUAGUGACAGUUUCUGUGGUAACAUCAACACAAGGGCCAGUUAUCUGUAAUAGUUUUUUUUACACUGUUUGGUUUAAUUUGAGAAAUAUGUCAAUUUUGGGAAAUAUUAUUGAAUAUUUACUGAUUUAUUCCUGUAUUCCACCGUCUUGUGCAGCUCCAGUUGUCCAUAGAUAAAUGGUGGCAGAGCAACAUGGUCGUUUUAUUUUCAUCAGGUCAACUCAGUACAUGAGACGUGUCACUGUUCGGGUGAGGCCAUGAAAAGAGAAACACACAAAGAAGACUUUAAGGGAUAUUCCGGUGUAAAAUUAAUUUAGGAUCAAACAUGCCGUAACACCAAGUUAGACACCCCCUCAAGAGAUGAAUGUUACUGACUGUUUGCUUCUCUAGUUAUACCAAUUUUAGUAACAACCGCACGAUAGCAAUACACAGCGGCCUGAGGACCUCAACCAAAAC